AUGUCAAUCCUACGAGGAUCGAUACAUGAUCCAGAUUCCAGAGGUUUCAUUGGCAGUAUGCAGCUCUUCAGAUUCUCAGGCUUGGUUACUGCCGCGUGUCUCUGGUCUGCUGUCGCUGCCUCGAACUCGACCUGCUACUUUCCCAACGGUAAAGAAAACAAUGGCGGAGCAUGUAGUCCAAACACGGAAGUAUCUGCGUGCUGUGGACCAACCUUUGUCUGCCUGAGCAAUGGUCUUUGUAAACCAGGGCCGGAUUCCAAGAAAACCUACGCAUACAGCUUCUACCGCAGUGGCUGCACAGAUGCAUCUUUCCAUUCCACGUCAUGUCCUCAAUUCUGCACAGACACGCCCAACCACACCGAUCGUGGUCAAGGCGUGAAGAGUUGUGGCAAUGAUACUUACUGCUGUGGAGCGUCUGGCGACUGUUGCACAGACACGCUCAACGUCUUUUCACUCAACGCCGCGGAGGUAGUUAAUACCAUAUCAGCCUCUUCUGCAUACAUCACAGAUACUGCCAAUGCUACUUCAUCAGGGGAUCUGUUAUCUGGAGAGAACAACCAUGCCAUGGCAAUAGGACUGGGCGUCGGUAUCGGUGUCGGAGGAUUCUUACUCAUAUGUCUCGCUGUCCUUUACUUGCUGAAACGUAGAAGAAAGGAUGGAGAGAACGCUGGCUACGAGAUAAAGGAGGAAAAGCCAUCUGAGUUGGAUGCACCAUGGAGAGCCCAGUUACCAGAUUCAGUACCUGCCUCUGCACCUACCAUCAAGGCAGGCCACACAGCAUCGGGGACUGGGGUGAUACAUGAGAUAGCAGACAGAGGGACAGAGAGUGCACCCCCACCACAAGAGUUGGAAGCGCAUACUUACGACUGGGAGCCUCGGAAUGAGCCUGAGCCACGGGAUGGUGGCUUCAGACCUGAGGACUCUGAGCAUCGGUCUCAACAGUAG